CAUUUCCACUCCCCCUCUCUUUUCUCUGUGGCUCCCUUGGAAAUGGAGGCACGGAGAUUGCAGUCAGCUGAUGGGUGCUGCUGAGCUCAGGAAAAGCCUCCCCUCCUCCUCCUCUCUCCAUCUCACCGCCUUCUCGGCCUCCCCAGCCCCGACAAAGGGUGCUCGCUGUCGCUGGUGUCCCCCCCCCAGGGGCGGUUGGGUCAGAUUAUCCUAUCCCGCCUCCCCCCACCGCCUCCUCCUUGGAAUUGGAGAGAGGUUUUUGGUCUGGCGCGCCUUCCUCGCUCUCUCGCUCUCUCUCUCUCUGCCUCCUUCCAAAGGCACAGCAGAUAAGAGCUGCUACCGCCCUCUCUGGGAAGGAAAGGGAUUUCUCCCUCUGUCUCUCCUUUGCAGGACCCAGAACACAGGUAUGGACUAAGCGGGAGAGACUGUGCGUCCCCGAGCUCCGUCUCCUCAUCCAGGCGCCGCGUGCGAGGAGGGCAGCCAGGACACCUGGGCAGGUGUGCAGCCUCCGCAGACCAUCUCCCGCGCCCGCUGCCAUCACCUGCUCGCUCCAGGACCUGUGAAAACGGGGAGAUCAGGCAGGCCAGCCCUGAAGUGCUGCCCGCUGUGCCCGAUGCUGACCAGACCUCCUGCGGCCUCUCUGGGUCACCCUCUGGGAUUCUCACCCUCCACGCCUAUGCCAGCCUGCCCCUAACCAGCAAUGACCUUGUGGAACUGGCCUCCCUCCCCACCGCGCCCCCUUCCCCACUGCUCCUCCUGCCCCACUCCUCCUGCUACCCGGAUGCCUGCACCAUGACAGGGGCCAGGCAGCUGGAUUCCUGCGGAGGAGGGCUGUGUGGCCAGGAGCGUGGCUCGGGCUGAGGGAUGGCCUCGCUGGACCUGCCCUACCGCUGUCCGCGUUGCGGGGAACACAAGCGAUUCCGGAGCCUCUCCUCCCUGAGGGCUCACCUGGAGUACAACCACACCUACGAGACCCUCUAUGUCCUCUCCAAAACCAACAGCAUCUGCGAUGCCACCGUUUUCCCCCUGGCGUCCGACACCACCCUCCUGACGCCCGCAGCCCGCCGGGACAUCUUUGAGAGCACCUCCUUCCAGGGCAAGGAGCAGCGGUUCACCUGCGACCUCAUCGCCACCGCCACCACUGAGGAGCUGGACCCGACAUCCUCGCCCGUCGCGUCCCGCUACGUCCACGAGAUCGAGAUCCCCCUGACCGAGAUCUUCACCCGCAAGGCCAUGACCUCGGCCACCACGCCUCCCGCCGCCGCGGCCGCCGCGGUGGCUGCCGUCGAUGCGGCCUACGAGGAAGGCCUGACCCGCCUCAAGAUCCGGGCCUUUGAGAAGCUGGAGGUGGACAAGCGGCUGGAGAAGCUGACCGAGGAAGUGGAGCAGAAGAUCGCCUCCCAAGUCGGCCGGCUCCAGGUGGAGCUGGACCGCAAGAGCUCGGAGCUGGAGAAGGCCAAGCAGGAGAGCAUCCGGCUCAGCCGGGAGAAGCAGGAGCUGGAGGAGAGGGCCGUGGAGCUGUCCCGCCAGGUGGACGUCAGUGUGGAGAUGCUGGCCUCCCUCAAGCAAGACCUGGUGCAGAAGGAGCAGGAGCUGAGCCGCAAACAACAGGAAGUGAUCCAGAUCGACCAGUUCCUGAAGGAGACGGCGGCCCGCGAGGCCAACGCCAAAGUCCGCCUCCAGCAGUUCAUUGAGGAGCUCCUGGAUCGGGCCGACCGAGCCGAGAAGCAGCUGCAGAUCAUCAGUAGCAGCUGUGGGACGACCCCCAACUGCAGCCUGGGGAGGUGCAGCGUGUCUGGGACCAAGAGCACAGGAAGACCGAGAGACAGGCACUCGGUUCCCGGAGCAACAGCACACAGUUCGUAUGCGGUUUCCAACCAAAGAUCAUCUUCCAGCACCGGAGCCUCUAGCCGUGCCAAAGCCGUCUCCCAGAGCUCCGGCUGCUACGACAGCGACAGCCCCGACCUGUACCAGGGGGACGAGAACGCCGACGGGCAGUCCUACCAGGGCGGGCAGAACCGAGGUUCGGACAGUGCUUUCGACAGGCCUGGUGGAGUGAGGGCUUCGGGUCUCCGCAGGCAGGCCAUCCAGAACUGGCACCGCCGCCCUUACCGGAACAGCACCGAGGGCGAAGAAGGAGACAUCUCUGACGUGGGCUCCAGGACCACUGAGUCGGAGGCCGAGAUGUGGGAGACCGAGCCCCCGGCUGAGGCUCAGCAGGAGAAUUUCUCCAGGUCCAGAAACAGCUCGAGGCUGCAGGCCAGGUCUGAAGGAGGGAAGGCAGUCCGGCCGGAGAGAGGCAGCCCGGCUCGCUCAAACGAGGUCAUCAGCCCCGAAAUCCUCAAGAUGCGAGCCGCUCUCUUCUGCAUCUUCACGUACCUCGACACCAAGACGCUGCUGAGGGCAGCCGAGGUCUGCAAGGACUGGAAGUUUGUGGCCCGGCACCCUGCCGUGUGGACCCGGGUGCUCCUGGAGAAUGCCAGGGUGUCGUCUAAGUUCCUGGUCAUGCUGUCACAGUGGUGCACCCAAACACACUCCCUCACCCUCCAGAACCUCAAGCCCCGUCAGAGGGGGAAGAAGGAGACCAAGGAGGACUACAUGAAAAGCACACGGAGUUCCACUGACCCCGUGGGCCAUGAGGUUAUCUGGGCACUGGGAGCAGGCUGUCGAGACAUCAUCUCCUUACAGGUGGCGCCGCUGCACCCUUGCCAGCAACCAACCCGCUUCAGUAACCGCUGCCUGCAGAUGAUUGGGCGGUGUUGGCCACAUUUGAGGGCGCUGGGUGUCGGCGGAGCAGGUUGCGGAGUGCAAGGAUUGGCUUCCUUAGCCCGGAACUGCAUGCGGCUGCAAGUGUUGGAGCUGGACCACGUGACGGAGGUGAACCAGGAAGUGGCAGCCGAGGUGUGUCGGGAAGGCCUGAAGGGGCUGGAGAUGCUGGUCUUGACAUCCACCCCGGUCACACCCAAAGCCUUGCUGCAUUUCAACAGUGUUUGCCGGAACCUGAAGUCCAUCGUGGUGCAGGUUGGGAUCUCGGACUACUUUAAGGAACCAAACAGUUCUGAGGCCAGGAAGAUGUUUGAGGAAAUGGUGACCAAACUCCAGGCCCUGAAGAAGAGGCCGGGCUUUUCAAAGAUUUUACACAUUAAGGUGGAAGCUGGCUGUUAACCUUUGCAAGGGGAGAGACCAACGCGCACCCCAGAUUAACACCUCCUGCCCGUCUGUUAGUAAAGACAUCCUGGCGCCAACACCAGCAUCCUGCCUGCCAGCCUCAGUUCUCUGGACUGGCGCUUUCAGAAGCACCCAGCCGAGUGCACACAUCUUUGAGCAGGCCUUCCGGACUGGGCGCGACGAGCUCCUUUUCCGUGCGGUGAAGGGUCAGCUGUAUCGCUGAGAUGAUGGUGCUAUGAAAACACACACACAAAAAUGCCCGGCAAAGGAAUUUCUCCAGACUGCCAGUGGGAAAAACCCCUUUUCCUUCUCCUCCUCCUCCUUUCAUGUCGUGGAGGCAGCUGUGCAAGGCCCUUCUUUGCAGAUCCUUCCUUUGCCGUCGAGACUCUCUCUUUCUUUUCGCCCUUCAACAACUUCUUGGCCAAGGGUGACAAAUCAAUGGGGCUCGAUUCGCCCUCCUCCUUUGUGGAAACGACUGGUCGUUCCUUCCGUCUGAAACUCCAUCGCCUGGGAGCCUCAUUUCAUCUCUUUCCUUUCAGGCUCUUUCUCUCGCUCACUCUUACUCUUGGUUUUUUAAUGAGGGAGGGGCAGUUCCUAUUGUGGGGAGAAGCAGGGAUUCCUGUUCAUUUUGAUUUUCCCCCUCUCUCUUAUGAAAGAAAAGGCAAAGCCGAAUUUCCCUGCGGCCAGAGACCGCUACAAGCCUAAGAAAACAAAUCUCGUACCUUGCAGAGGAACCCUGGAAUGUUCUCCCCGCUCACCAAUUUCCAUCUUGGAGCCAGGAACAUAGGAAGUUGCCUUAAACAGAGCCAGGCCCUUGGUCCAUCUAGCUCAGUAUUGUCUAUACGGACUGAUGGUUUCAGGCAGGGAGUCUUUCCCAGUCCUCCCAGGAGAUGCUGAGGACUGAACCCAGGACCUGGGCCGCUGAGCCAGGGCCCUUGUUCUGUCUCCUGCACAGGCCAUAAAGCAUCUUUGCCUGCAACAUCCUCUUUUCAUCUCUUGCCACCAACUUUUUCCUGAUUCAUGGGAAGCUGCCGCCUUCCUCUUCUGGCGGGUGGCUUCGCCGAGUGAUUAAUCGUUUGGCAAUUGGCACAGUGGAAAGGAGACGUUUCUAGGAGGCAGGGAGAUCCAGUCCCGUCCCCCCACGAUUUCCAGAUCUGCAAGUGCCCUCCAGGUAUUAACUGGCCCCCGACAUUAACCAGUCCCCAAUCCCUGCCGUUUAUGUCAAGAUUUAGGGAGCACAUAGCUGCCAGAAAUUAGAGGAACUAGUUCUGCCCGAAUUUCUCAGGCAGAUGCCUUUGCUUCAGUUGGAUUUCUUGGGGAAGCAGAAGGAUGGAGUUUGCAGUCAGCAUCCUGCUGUGGCGAUGGAUCCGCAGCAAAAAUGACACAGCUAGCAAGUGCAGGUUCCAGAUCCUACAAGGAGGAGCCUGGCUUACAAGCUCACGGCCAAAACAUUUGAUCAACCUGAGGAAAUCCUUUCUUGCAGAGCAUUUAUGCUGAAUCCCCAGAGGCAGUCGAGGGCUGGCCUGGAGAGAGGACUCACGGGAAGCAUUUUCUAGUCUAAGCCAAGGGUCGCUACACUGUGCCUUCAUCAGCUGGAAUUAUCCGAAGCUGUUUUUAUUCCAUCAGAGCAUCUCCAUUCUUGGGGGGGGGGCGAGGCUGACCUGUUGGGUUUCUGCCUGGUGUGCAGCUGAUGAAGGCACAAGCUCCAUGCCAGAAAAAAACAAGGCAACCCGCAUCUCAGAGCUGACGCUUAUCAGAGCCAACCCUUAUCAAGUAGCUGUUGGACUCCUGGUUCAGUACAGUAAGCCCACAACUUAUACAACUUUAUGCACUUUGCAAAAAAAAAUAAAAAAAUUUAAAUAAUUUAAAGGGAGCAUGAAUCCAGGAAAAAAGUAUUUGGCAAUCCUAUCCACCAUUGCACCCCAUGUGUUUUGAUUAUACACAAUUUUGGAUUUAUGCACAGUGCCCAGAAUGCAAUGUAAGUUGCAGGCUUAACUGUAGUUACAAAUAUAAGUUAUUUGAAAAAGACAGAUAGGACUAUAUAUGGUGGGUUCUAAAGCUUCUAUUAUUUGAGAGGGAUUACCUGAGGGAGAAAAUUGAUAAUCAGUCUCCUCCCCCCCCCCUCAAAAAAAGGAGGGAGGAUCCUUAUACCAUAUGUUGCACACAAAAAGCACCAAGAAUUCUGUGGCAAGAAUAAAUUGUGCAAAGCACACUUGAUGAUGACACCAUGUUGAUUUGGGGGGUUCUUGAACACAGAACCCUCGGUGAGCAGGAAGGGUGCAGAAACUGCAAAUUAGUUUAGGCUGCAUCUGGGCUUCUUCAAUGCACCAUUCAAAGUGAAAAGGUUAAUCCUUCUUAGGGCCGUGUUAUCAUUUGCCACUGAAUCGGAGCAAAUGUCAGUCGGGUUUUCUCCAAUGGACAGUUGCCCAGAUUUAUUGCUAAGGAAUGGGUGUUCCACAGGGGAAGGCGGUGGAGCAAAACCACUUGCACCCAUGCUUUCUAGGCACGAGACAAGUGGAAGUCGGAAUGGGCCAUGAAUCAGAAUCUUUCAGGACCCUGGACAGAGCCCCAUGGAAGGCGCUCCCUGGACCCACACAGAGGAGAGAGUAGUUGCCUGAACAAGAUGCAGAGGACUUUUUAGGGCCAAGUGGUAAGUGUGCCUUUAAUAUAGAUAUUUAAAAUAAUUAAGAAGAGUGUACAUGCAGGUUGCAAGCUUCAACCCAGCAGGAGCUGGCUGCAAAUUAGAGAACAGACAGUCUGCAGGUUCUGCCCUCCUCUACUCACCCCUCCCAAUUAACCUCCGUCUCCAAGACAUUAUAAAGGCCAACUCUAGGCAUUUAGGCCCUGAAAUCUUAGGUAUGGGAUGCUGCUGAUUCUAGUGUUAGGAGAAAUUCAUACUCAAAAGCUGUUGGGUUUUCAUGAGGACUUUAAAAAAUUGACAGAUUUACUUGCAGCUCCCGGCCAAGUGACACAUUGGGUGGAAAACCUACGUUUGGUGCCAUGUGAAGUGUUAAAUUGCCCUAAGAAGAUCUCUCAGUUUGGGCAGGCAAUAAAUAGUCUCUGAGAAUUCAUAUAGCAACACUGGGGAGAGUGAGAAUUCAGAGAAAAGGAGGGUUCGUGGAACCCUCACUGAGAUAUUGGAUCUGCAAAAAUCCAGUUCUGCUUCACAGAAUUAUUGCCUUUUCCAGCAGCCAACUCUCACAGGUAGUGAUUUUUAUUUUAUUUUAAUCCUGAUUCCGAAAGACUUGCACAACCUUUGGGGGUUUUUUUGUUCUCCUGUCGUGAGGGCACAAAGGUCACAAAUCCUGGAGAGCUUUUGCAGGAAGGAGGCCCCAGAAUGCAUUGCUCCACGUGCACCUUGAGAUGCACUGCAUUCUGAGAAAUGCAGUCUUCAAGGAGCAGGGCACCCUCAUGUUUACAAGGAAGGCAGCCAUUUUGCCAAAGUUUCUUUUUUCAUCAUGGCCCUGGAGGUGACACUGAAGGGACAGAAGGAGGAAGGGAGCAAAGUGUUUGGUGUGGCCAGCUUAACGGUCCGAAGAGUCUAAAAGGAUGCCUAAAAAACCAGCAAAGAUUAAAAAUAAUCAUCCGAUAAGAAGGAAUGAAACAAAAAGCAACAAGGAUGGAGGAGAAAGUGAACACGAGCCUCCUAAAUUCCACAUUUUGAUACUUUUUAAACACUAGAGUUUUCUGGCAGUGGCGAUAAACCAUGACCUUGAACAGUCGCCUUUGACACAGUGCAGAAACUUGAACAAAUGUUACCUUAAAUUCAAGAAAAGUCAGUAUUUAUUUCUAUAAAGAAUAAUUAAAAAAAGGACGAAGAGAGAUUUUAAAGCAAAGUUAUUUACUCAGCAUGUGUCGCUAUGCUCUGUUCUUAGUGAGGGAUUGCUUUAACUGAGAGUCGUUUCGGGGACUGAUUUAUUUAUUUUGGUUCCUCCUCAUUCAUCAAGGGCAGAGAAGGUCAGCUCACGAGGAUGUUUGCUGCUGCUAUGACUACAAUUUCCAUUACUUUCUGCCCCCUCUUGCCUUCUUUUCCUUUUUGAAAGAGAGUGUCAGAGAGGAAACCAUUGGAUGUGAGGAGGACUCGAGAGCCAAUUCUGGCCUGAUACUAUCUUUCUUGCCCUCGUUCUAAUGCAUCCUUCUGCAGAGUCUCUGGUAGUGGAACAAUCUAAGGUUCGGGUCACCCUGAUUAAUCCAGGGAUGUGCCCUCAGGAUUUAGCUGGAACAUUCUUUCAUUUUUGGAAGCGGGGGGCAACUGUGACAGCAUCCACCUACGGCAAGUCCUCCAAGCAAUGGCAUUCGACUGGAUGGAGUGGCUACCAAGAGGGGGAAGCUUUCCCUCCUUUUCCUCUUGUUGCCCCCAAGAUCGCAUUCCAAGGGAUGUGUGAACAGAGGACAGCGGUCAAGAACUGCGCAUGGUGCGCAGCGAUUCGCCUGGGAAGCCACGAUUUCAUGUUACCAGGACAUAUAACUGGGAGGGAAGGUGGAAGAGCAGGAUUAAAAGGUGUGACUCAGAGGAACAGAGACCAAAGUGUCUUCUAAGAGAUAUUUCAUCUCUAGGUUUGGAGGGUUGUUGGGGGAGGGCGAGGAGAGCAAGAUGUUUAUUUAUUUAUUUACCUAUGUGUUUAUUUAUUUAUUGAGUGGAAUGACGUCGCUAUUUAUUUUCUCUUUUUUUAAGAAAAUAAGAAUGAUGAUGAUGAUGAUAACUGUGAGAUUCUCUGCCUGUGAACUUUGGUCAAAAUUGAGCUAUGGGUGUGUGGUCUCCCUCCCUUUCAUUAUUAUCAUAAAUCCCUGACUAGUUCAUGGCCUUCCUUUCUUCCCUGUCCCCCACCCCAUCAGUCUCACAGCUCACUGUGCUGCGAGGGCAGGAAAAAAGAGGUUUGUAAGUGGAUGAUGAUGUGAUGUUCGCUGGGAAUUAUCCCCCCCCCCCAAUCUCUGCAGUGUUAACCCUUGCACCCUUUGAACAGGACCUGAGCACUUUUGAUAUAUGUUUUCUUUCCUGUUUAAAACUUAUUCUUAUUCUUAACCCAGAAAUCAGAUAGUUGGGGCCACGAUCCAGUUAGCACCUGCAAACCUCACAGAUUCCAAUGUUACUUUCUUCUGCACUUAUCUAUUCAGAAGUAAGUCUAACUGAGUUCAAUGGGAAGCAUGUAGAGAACUGCAGACUAACAGGAGCUGGAUCAAGCCCCCUGACCUUCUGGGUGUCAUAACGUAAAUUUGAGCCAAAAACUUGUUUUGUGUUCUUUUAAGAAAAAGCUGGGUGGGAGGCAGAAAAUAUCUCUGCAAUGCUUUGAAGGCAAAUGAAUUUUUCUUAAUGUGAUCAUUUGUAUUACUGGGUGAGGAUGUUCUAAAGGCCUUUGGGGAAUAUAAACAUUAAUUGAACGGAUAGUGCAGGAAAUGGUAUGCUCAGUUUGAAGAGCUGCUUAGCACAUCAGCGUGCCUCAAUCGAUCGCUCCACCCUCAACGGCUCACAGCUGAAGCCCUGCUCAGAGGUUUGGGUUGCCCUCCAUGCCUUCAAUGGGUACAGUGUGGGGCAACAGGCUCUGCUCUCUCUGCCCACAUCUGCUAAAUACAUGGAGAAGAACCCAGAUUUAUGAAAAGGGCUUGGAUGUGCGAGCAGUUUUCCCUUAAAAAGCAAGGGGGCAUACGAACAUCCUUUUCUAUGGGGAUUGCACUAUGAUGGCAAGUUUAUACACACAGGCUAUGACUUCAUGGUGCGCUCAAUGAGAAAUUUGCAUGCAAGUGGAAGUUGAGCCACAGUGUAUUGGGGGGGGGCAUUUCCCAACAGCAGUUCACCUUCUGCAAAACUGGGGUGGCUAUUUUUGCGCAGAGAGGCUAUACCAGGGGUCGGCAAGGCUUACCGGCCAUGGGCCGGAUCACUCCCGCUGAGAUCCUCCGUGGGCUGGACCGGCGCAGCACGAUGUCAGAAAUCGCGUCUGCACAUGCCCAGAUGCCGAAAAUCACACCCACACAGAAGCGUUUUUUGGCAUCUGGGCAUGUGCAGAUGCAGUUUCCGGUAUCUGCGCAUGCGCAUAUGCGGUUUCCAGCGUCACUUGGCAAGUCCCCAUGCUGUGCUGCACUGGUUUAGCGCAGCGUGUGGGGGACUCGCCAAGGGAGCGGCUCGUGGGCCAGUAAAAUGAUCUUCAUGGGCUGCAUCCGGCCCAUGGGCCACAUGUUGCCGACCCCUGGGCUAUGCUAUGCACUUGCUACCUGCAUAGUAGCAAGGAGUGGGGGAGGAAUUUGGUUCAGAUUGCAUUCAAAUUCAAAUUUCCCAGAUUCACAUUUUUCCAAAACAGCACAGGAACUUUGAAAUCCACAUAUCCCCGAAUUUUGCAAUGGAUUUUUCCAGACAAGUAAUGUGUGCCCCCCAAAAAGGGAAUUGUGUUAAAUGUGCAUAUAAAUGCAUACAUCAGUGAAAAUAGCACAAUCAGGGGAAAUGCUGUGGAAAAAUGUCUUCGGUUUGUGAAAUUGCAUACAAAUAUGUGUUUAUUAGGAGAAAUUUGCAUGAAAAUGUGAUGGAUUUUCAUAAGCACUUUUUUAAAAAGAAAAAGAAAUUGCAAGUUGCUGCAAAAUGUGGAGAACUGAUUAAGAUUGGAACACCGAGAAACUGGAAGAAAUCAAAAUUGACAGAUUCCCCCACCCCUAAAAGUACCUGCUGCCGCUUUGAAGGAGACUGCCCAGCACUGACCGUGCUUUGGAGGGAGAUGGGGACAGAUGGCAGAGUCGCCGCAAAAGGCAGCGAUUUAUCUUUCGCUCUUUCCGAGCAAACUUCACACCUCCCUUUGCAAUGUCACCUUCUGCUGAG